GAUCCACUGCACGAUGGACGGCCUCCUGCUCGAGACCGAGGGCGUCAUCAAGGACAUGGUGGCGUCGGCCAAGCGCCUCGACUGCAUGAUCCAGGCGCUAAACAGCGCCGAGCACGCGCUCGACGACGCUGUCGAUUUGCACCCCAAGGAAGACGUUGUGCUGCCUGCAGUGGCUCCCACGGACGACGCGGCGGCCUUCUUCGAGGCCAUGGACGCUGCACUGCAGCAACACGCCGACGGCCUGCGCUUCCCGGUCGCGCCACUGUCCGCGCCAUCGGCAACGACCGACGCCGUCAGCGACAAGGUCGUGUACCGAAUCAACGACACGCCACUGCCCAAGACGUCGACGACGCUCUUCCUCGAGAAGGUCUCUGCUCUGCUCCAUGCCGUUGAUUGCACGCUGUCGCCGACGACGGUAACGAUCCUUGUCUCGCGUCUCGUCGCCCUGGGGCACGACCUCGAAGCGUACUGCGCGCUCGGUGGCGCCACAUGCUUUCCGACGUCGCUGCCCGGCAUCGUGUGGCGAACGGGCCUCCUUAUUGCACGCGUGCGCGCAGAGGUGUCGCUGGCCAACCACGUGUGGGGCUUUCGUCUCCGCGUCUCUGUCGAAGGCAUCUUGCGUGCGCGCAUUGGCGCCGCACAAGGUCCUGCGAUUCCUGUCUACUUGGAAUGCGACCUCGUGAAUCCGCAGCAGCCCGAUGCUGGGCUGCACAACCUCUUCGUGACGCUACCGUACGCCAAGCCCGCGCCGCCACAAGUGCAGACGACAGCGUCCUCUCUGCGCAGCGUUAUUGCGAACCAACGCGCGACGCCCGACACGGUCACCGUGACGUGGCAGCCCGACGUGGCCGAUGCGAGCUCCCGUGUGCAGCUUCUGUUUGAUGCGACCCCGCUGCUUCGCGCCCGCAUCGUCGAGUCCGCGUGCAGUCAUGUCCACGCGCUCUUUAGGAGCGACGUGGGUCUUCUCUAUUCGAUGGGGAAAGGCGUCGACGGCGCGCUUGGACACGGGUCGUUCGCCGAUUUGCACCAUCCCGCGCCGAUCGAGAGCUUCUUCGAGCAGCCCGAGGCGAUGGUGUUGGUUGCGCGCAUCGCCGCCGCCAGCGACCCGGCGGCCGCGCACGCAGCCCACUCGUUGGCGGUGACGACGACCGGCGCUGUCUAUUCGUGGGGCGCCCGCACGGCCUCCGGGACGCUCAGCAAGCAAGGGCACCGCAGCGACCUGCCGACACGCAUCGCGUCCCUCGACGUGGCUUGUACGCGUGUGGCGGCCGGUGCUGGCUUUAGCCUCGCGCUGACCGAGACGGGGCAAGUGUUUUCGUGGGGGAAAUGGCUCCAUGGCCGUCUCGGGCUCGGCCCGACGCCGCCUGCACUCGGACGAAAGACGCUUGCCAACAAACCCAUUUUCCAGCAGUAUCAACUGUCGCCUUGUCGCGUCACCGACUUGGCCGACGUUGUCGUCACCGAGAUUGCGUGCGGUCAAGCCCACGCGAUGGCCAUUGCGAGCAACGGACAGCUCUACGCGUGGGGGCGGAAUGUGCACGGCCAACUCGGGCUCGGGCACUGCCACGACCAGUGUGUGCCGCAGUCCGUCGCCAUUUCGACCGAGACGUCGUCGCUCGGCGGCGCGACGUUGGGUGUCACAGCGAUCGCGUGCGGCGACAUGCUCUCGAUCGCCGUCGACGGCCACGGACACGUGUGGACAUGGGGCGCUGGCACGUGUGGCCACCGUCUCCCGUCCCUCGUGAUGGAAAAUGGUCUUCGGUCAGACCUCGUGGCGUGGCCGUGGCUAUAUCCCCAGCAGACGCUCCAGCUGCCGCCGACUAUUGUGGACGUGGCCGCGGGUGAUCGGCACUACCACGCGCGUACGCACACGGGCGACGUCUACACCUGGCAGUUUGCGUCGGCGGUGCCAAAACUCGAAGCCAAGUGGGGCACGAUCGAAGCCAUCGCAUGCGGUGGCAGCGGGUCGGUGCUUCUCUCGGGCCUCUCGUUCGUCGCCCAAGACAUGGCGCGUCUCUGGCUCCAGUGCAAGACGAUGGACGACGCCGGCGACGUCGUUUUGCUCGUGUCCGGUCGGCGCAUCGCGGCCCACCAGCUCGUGCUCGCGACGCGCUGCGAGGUGCUGCGCGCACGACUGGUCGACGAACGCCAAGCGCGCGAAGCCACGAACCAUCGCAUGGAGCUCGUCCUCUACGAUUUGCGGCACGACGUGUGCCUCCUCGUGCUCGAGUACCUCUACACGGACGCUCUUUUGACGCGCCUCGACCCGGCGUCCUCCCUCCCAAGGGACUUGCUCGCUGCUGCGAGAAUACUACAGCUGCCGCAUCUCGCGAGCCUCUGUCAGCCGUACGUGGUGGAGAUGGCGCCGUGCAUUGCUGUGAGCUCGUACGCGACCGACUUUGUCGGGGCUCUCGGUAGUUUUGUGUGGUCCGACGUCGUCCUGGUCGCUGACGGCGAGCGCAUUUACGCCCACAAGUGUAUCUUGGCGGCGCGAAGCGAUUACUUUCGAGGGCUCUUGACGUCGUCCUUGCGCGACGCGAACCUUGCCGAGCUGUCCGUGGACAUGCGCUUCCCAACCUUACGCCGGGUCCUCGAGUUUGUCUACUCGGGCAUUGUACCGCCGGACGCAUCCGACGAUGUUAUUUUGGACGACCUCGUUGCCGCCGACCGCCUUGGCAUCGCCCGACUCAAAGCGCUCUCCGAGGCGCGGCUCGUCGUGACGCUUGAAAACUGCAUUGAUGUGCUCGUCACCGCUGAUAUGGUGACCGCACCCGUCCUCCGCGAGGCAGCGGUGAUCUUUGUCUUGGAGAACCUCCGCGUGCUUGCGGGCGCGCCGUCGUUUCUGCAGCUGGUGCAAGACUAUCCCGCCUUGAUGGACGAGAUCAUCCACCAUCCGUCGCGCACCACCGAGCGCUGGGCGUGGCGGGAGUACGAAGGGCUCGUCACGCGCGAGAGUGCCGAGAAGGGCAGCGAGUGGAGUGACGACGCCGAGUUUCCGUUGUUACCGCUUGUCUUUUGGCGGCCGUGGCGCUCGCGGUGCGCGACGUUCGAAGAUUGUGCGACCGUUCGCACUCGUGAGAGCAAGAUGCGAGCCACGUCCAAGGCGCUCAUCAGCAGGACGCGCAAGGCCAUGGUCGCACCGGGCGACGUGGUGGCGCAGCAGCAAAAGAUCCUCGAAGAGGUCGAGAUCUUUGCCGCGGUCAAGAGCAACAACAUCUCGCGGGCGCUCGCGCAGUUGCGCGCGUGCCCUGACGACUACCACCGCCGCGACACGGUCGGCGCGACGCCGCUGCACAUUGCGUUUCUGUACCAGCACGUCGAGCUCGGCCAAACGCUCGUGCUGGCCGACCUGCCGCGCGCGACCGCCGUGUACGAAGGCAGCUCGGUGAACGACCCGUCUCCGUACCAAGGCGAAAACAUCUUGCACAUUGCGAUCGUCCAGCGCAACCUUGCUCUCAUCAAGUGGCUCGCGACCACCGUGCCCGACCUUCUGGACGCCGAGACAACCGGGGAUUUCUUCGCCCCGAGCAAGCCGUGCUAUUUCGGCGGCACGCCCUUGCUCUUCGCGCUUGCGUCGCGGCAGCUCGUCGCAGCCACGUGCAUCCUCGAGGUUGCCCAUGCCCAGCCGCAGGACUCGAAAGCGCACAAAACGACCAUUUUUAUGGCCGAUUCGUACGGCAACAACGCCCUCCACCUCGCAGUCGUCCACAACGCGCCAGACGUGUUUGACUUCGCGAUCGCGCGCGCGAUUCGCCGCUUGUGGCCGCCGGACGACGCGCAUUUGCCGUCGCUCGCAGCCUUUCUCAAGACAGCGCAAGGCGACAUUGCCGAUGUCUUUGUCCGGUUCCUACGCCGCCCAAACCACGAAGGGCUGACGCCGCUGGCGCUGGCCGCAGCGCUCGGUCGGCGAGAGAUGUUUGAGCACAUGCUCCGUGCAACGACGACGAUCGCGUGGGUUUACGGACCCGUCACGGCCAAGAUGCUGCCGCUCCAGGAGCUCGAGGAAAAAUGCUACACGCAGAGCCGCAUCAAGACGGCGCUCGAGUGUCUCUGCUCGUCGGCCGACCUCACGGCAUGCAUGCCACCCCACUUGCGCCACAAAAUACUCCACGCCCGCCUCAACAUGCUGGGGAUUUACGAAGUCAAGACGCUCCUCGACAAGAAAUGGAAGUUUGUCGGGUGCCCCAUGUUUUUUGGGCGUGUGCGCGCCACCGUGACGGCGGCCAUGGCCCAGAAUGGUGCCCAGACAGUCUGCCAUAUUAUCUUGGAAUUGGGUGUCGUGCUCGUCGCGCUCUACGAGUUUGCCAUUGAGAUCCGACGCCUCGCGGGGGGCAUUCAAGACUACCUCAACGAAACCGGCGCUGCCAAGCUCGACAACAUCCUCUGUUUAACGUUUGGCAUUGCCAUUACGUGCGCCGUCGUUUGCCGCGUCGCGGGUGCUUUUGAAAUCGAAGACCUCUUUGUCGGGUUCGCGUGCCUCAACCAAUUCCUCUACAUGUUCUUCUUCAUGAUGGGCUUUCGGUGCACGGGGCCGUUUGUCGUGAUGCUCUUGCGCAUGCUCACACAGGACUUUUUCCGGUUCGCAGCCGUGUACGUGUGGAUUCUGCUCGGUGUGAGCAUGAAUCUCUACGUGAUCCUCGACGACCGCAACGGCUUUGCGCAUCUCGUGACGCGCACCAAGUCAUUACUUCUCGCGGCGUUUUGCAACACGUUCGACUACGCAGUGUACGAAGCCUCGGACCUCUCAUUCGUCGCGCAGUGCCUCAUUGUCACGUACCUCGUCGUUGUCGUCAUCGUGCUCCUCAACCUGCUCAUCGCCAUGAUGGGCAACACGUACGACAAUAUUCUCAAAGCCUCGGAGCAGCGCUGGUACGCCGAGCGCGUCAACAUCAUGUGCAGCAUGGAGCAAACACUGAACGCGCGCCAACCGGCGCCCGUGCGGCCACGUCGCCAAAGCCUCGUUCAGAUGCUAGCCGAGCUCAAGCAACCCAAACACGCGAUGGACACGUCGGACGGCGAGCGGUUCCUUCAAGUGGAGCUUGUCUGCAACGACAAAUGGCUCGAGGACGACCCGACGCCGGCAUCGGUCCUCGCUGACCCGUCCCAAGUCAAGUUACCGCCGAUUCUCGACAACGACGGUGAUGACGAGCCGCACCGUACCAUGACGGCGCCAACGGAGGCUGAAGACCAGAGCGUUACCGUUGCAAAGAUGCUCGACGCGCUCGAGGUCAGCGUGAACGAGCUAGUGCAGGAGCCGGCGAAGCGAGCCCAGUUGGCGCCGCUCACGCCUCGUCGUCAGGCACAGAUCGACCAUAUUCAAGGCGCCCUUGCCGACCUCCGCACCAUGCUACAGACAAAACCGGAUGCCAACACAUAG